UUAAAAUUAGUUUACGCUGCUCCUUCACUAGCGCUGGACGCUAAUCGGCGAUCUCGACAGUUCGAUCAUCGUUCAAUCGAUCAUCCUCAUCAAAGGGCGAUCGUGUUGUGUUGCGCAAAAGUGCAUCAGUGAGUGGUGAAGAGGACUAGUACAAAACGAACACAUUCCAACUGAAAUUCCUACAAAGAUGAACAAACUCGAUCUGAUCGUUCUUCUUGCAACAGUGUUAGUGCUGUCGAUCAACAUUCUUACCGUCGAUGCGGGUCGUGUGAAACGACAACUGAGUCCUUUCUCGUCUUACAUCUCACCUGCUAAGAAAUUUGUUCGCAACAGACCACAGCCACCGGAAGCCGCCGAAGAUUUUAGUCCGACAUCCAUCGAAGAAACAAGAAGACUUCAGAGUCUUCCGCCGGCAUUCGAACCGAAGGAACCGUCCCGGUCGCGUGAUUUCUAUAUCUGUUUGACCAGUUGUCUGACCUUGAGCCACUACAAUCCGGUCUGCGGAACGGACCACACCACCUACCACAACGUGUACAAACUGGACUGCGCCAAUCGGUGCGGGGCGAAACCCAAGGUACAAGUCCGGAAGCCUGGAAUAUGCUAGAGGUGUCUGGAGUAAUGUUUUAGUAUUAAUUAAACUUUUCAAUAAAGUGUUCCUGAAACAGAUAA